UUCCUCUCGUGUUCUAGCAGAAACCUGUGAAAGGUGUAAUCGAUUGAACAUGAUACUGAAUGCUUCCUCCAUCAGCAAUGGAGGGCUAGCUCUUCCCUGCAAAACCCAUCUUCUUCCAUUAUCGCUUCGCUUCAUCGAACCCCAUACGAUCUCCGUCAAAAAACCCACCAUCUCCAUCAAAGCCAGCGCCGCCGACCAUGCUAGAUUGGGUCCAGAGAUCGACAUGGUGAAAAACAGGGAGGGCCUCUACACAUCCAAGAAGAAUAAAGUGGUUGUAUUGUGGGACCUAGACAACAAGCCGCCACGUGGACCACCGUACGACGCGGCCAUAGCAUUGAAGAGGGUAGCGAAGAUGUUUGGAGAGGUGAUCGAAGUAUCUGCCUACGCCAAUCGCCACGCUUUCAUCCAUCUCCCCAGGUGGGUCGUCGACGAGCGCCGCGAACGCCGUCAUCUCGACUCCCUCGAACGAAAAGGAACGAUAACGCCGUCCGAUCCCUACGUCUGCGGCGUCUGCGGUCGAAAAUUCAACACCAAUCUGGAUCUCAAAAAGCACUUCCGACAGCUCCACGAGAGAGAACGUCAGAAGAAGCUCAAUCGUUUGAAAUCUCUCAAGGGUAAGAAACGGCAGAGAUACAAAGAAAGAUUCGUAGAUGGUAACAUUAAGUACAACGAUGCCGCGAGGAGCUUGGUCACACCUAAGGUUGGGUACGGUCUGGAAGCUGAACUCCGGCGAGCUGGGGUCUAUGUCAAGACAGUGGAGGACAAACCUCAGGCAGCUGAUUGGGCGUUGAAACGGCAAAUGAUACAUUCAAUGAGCCGAGGAAUCGACUGGAUGUUCUUGGUUUCAGACGACUCAGACUUUUCAGAUAUGUUGAGGAAAGCUAGAGAAUCAAAUCUCGGGACAGUUGUUGUGGGCGAUAUGGACAGAGCAUUGGGUAGACAUGCUGAUGUGUGGGUUCCUUGGAAUAGGGUAGAGAAUGGGGAAGUUCUUGAGAAGGAUUUAAGGCCUAGGAUGAAUAUUGAUGAGAUGGAAAAUGAUUCAUUCUCAAAUCAAGGUGUUUAUGCCAAUAAUAGAGAUGUGGACAGAGUGGUGGAUGAUCUUGUUGCAGGAAGAACAGAUUUUCAUAGCCUGGAAAUGAAUUCAUAUUAUCAUGAAGAUGAUGAAGAAGAAUCAGAAAUGGAGGAAGAUGAUGAAGAUGAUGAUGAUGAUGAUGAUUUCUUGUUGGACAGUGAAGAUGAAGGAGAUAUAUACUACUGAUUGAUUUAUAGCUGAUUUGUAGAUAUAGGAGAAUGGAUUUCUUAUUGGAGAUCUUCAAAAGAGGCAAUUUGCAAAAUCUUGAGGUAUAUUAUAUAAUUCAUUACACUAUGAUUUGAAAGCUUGCAUUUUUGUUGAGAAUAUUAUCAGUAUGUAGCUUGUUGCAACUUAGGAUGCUAUUGAUUCUUCAGCUGAACAAACUGGUUGCAAUUGAUUGAUGAACUUGCUAUAUUGUAUUGGAUAAAGAGUCUUUUUGACCCCAAUUCGUAGUUA